GGGGGAACCAUGGAGGGAGUGAGCGCGCUGCUGGCCCGCUGCCCCACGGCCGGCCUGGCCGGCGGCCUGGGGGUCACGGCGUGCGCCGCGGCCGGCGUGCUGCUCUACCGGAUCGCGCGGAGGAUGAAGCCGACGCACACCAUCGUCAACUGCUGGUUCUGCAACCAGGACACGGUCGUGCCGUACGGGAACCGCAACUGCUGGGACUGUCCCCACUGCGAGCAGUACAACGGCUUCCAGGAGAAUGGUGACUACAACAAGCCCAUCCCCGCCCAGUACCUGGAGCACCUGAACCACGUGGUGAGCAGCGCACCCCCCCGCACCCCGGCCCAGCCGCAGUGGGUGAGCAGCCAGGUGCUGCUGUGCCGGAGAUGCAGCCACCACCAGACCACCAAGAUCAAGCAGCUGGCCGCCUUCGCGCCGCGGGACGAGGGCAGGUAUGACGAAGAGAUCGAGGUGUACCGCCACCACCUGGAGCAGAUGUACAAGCUGUGCCGGCCGUGCCAGGCGGCCGUCGAGUACUACAUCAAGCACCAGAACCGCCAGCUGCGUGCGCUGCUGCUCAGCCACCAGUUCAAGCGCCGGGAGGCAGACCAGAGCCACACACAGAGCUUCUCAUCUGCGGUGAAGGCCCCGGUCCAGGUCAUCGUGCUCCGCGCCCUCGCCUUCCUGGCCUGUACCUUCCUGCUGACCCUCGCGCUCUGUGGCACCAGCAACCCCUUUGCCCCAGAGGCCACCCUGCCCCCAGCCCUGCCGCCCGGUGGCAAUGGCUCAGCCGCACCCGACAACAGCACCACCCCAGGGGUGGAGGGCUGGCAGCAGCUUUUGAGCCUGCUGCCCGAGCAUGCGGCCGAGAAGCUGCGCGAGGCCUGGGCCUUUGGGCAGAGCCACCAGAUGGGUGUCGUGGCCCUGGGCCUGCUCACCUGCCUGCUGGCCAUGCUGCUGGCUGGCCGCAUCAGGCUCCGGAGGAUCGACGCCUUCUCCACCUGCCUGUGGGCCCUGCUGCUGGGGCUGCACCUGACCGAGCAGUACCUGCAGGCCGCCUCACCCAGCUGGCUGGACACGCUCAAGUUCAGCACCACGUCCCUGUGCUGCCUGGUGGGCUUCACGGCAGCCGUGGCCACGAGGAAGGCGACGGGCCCGCGGAGGUUCCGGCCCCGAAGGUAUUUCCCGUGCGACGCGGCCGGCCUCUUCCCCACGAGCCCCAGCCUGGCUGUGCCCUGCCCGAGUGCAGGCCCUUCGCCGUCUCUGUUCAUCCCCACCCCACCCGGCUUCCUGCCGCUCGCCAACCAGCAGCUGUUCCGGUCUCCUCGACGGGCCUCGCCCUCCUCGCUGCCAGGCCGCCUCAGCCGGGCCCUCUCGCUGGGCACCAUACCGUCCCUGACGCGGGCAGACUCGGGGUAUCUGUUCAGCGGGAGCCGCCCCCCGUCUCAGGUGUCUCGAUCUGGAGAGGCACCUGUUUCAGAUUACUUCUCUCUGCUGUCGGGAUGCUGCCCCUCCUCCCCACUCCCUUCCCCGGCGCCUUCCGUGGCCGGCUCCGUGGCCUCCAGCUCUGGCUCUUUGCGCCACCGCAGGCCCCUCAUCAGCCCGGCCCGGCUCAACCUGAAGGGGCAGAAGCUGCUGCUGUUCCCGUCACCCCCCGGGGAGGCCCCCAACACACCCAGCAGCUCAGACGAGCACUCGCCCCACAACGGCAGCCUCUUCCCCAUCGAGCUGCCCCCGGUCCCCCAGAGAUCGCCGGCACAGGACACGAAGCUCACUGUGGACAUGAGGUCAGUGCCAGAAAGAGGCAGUGCCUGCAGCAGCCGGUCCAUCAAGAAAGAGGACGACUCAUCUCAGUCAUCCACCUGUGUGGUAGACACCACCACCCAAGGGUGCACAGAGGAGGCCGCCACCUGGAGAGGUCGUUUCGGGCCCUCCCUGGUCCGGGGCCUCCUGGCUGUGAGCUUGGCCGCCAACGUGCUCUUCACCUCGGCCUACCUGUACCAGGUCCUGCGCUGACCUGCGGGCCACAGCCUCCCGGUGCCCAGAGGGGCUCGGGGGCGCCCAGGUGCAUGCUGCUUCCACCACUGCCGGCCUCGGAGCUGUCCCCAAGGGACUGCCUCCGCUGUCCUCUCCAGGGCCCUGGACCUCACUGGGCCAGUCCUGUCCUCGGGAUCCCUCCUCCUCACCUAACAGACGGCAGGGCUGAGCGUGGUCCGUGAGGUCACUCUCCUUCCUGCCUGUCUCCUUGCCUGACAUCACUUGUGUUUGGUGCUGACCCUGAUCCCGAAGCCAGGGAUCCCCGAGGGGCUGCAGGACCCUGGGGUCCCCUCCCCCACUGCCCAGCCCGCCUGGCAGGAGGGCCACUACUACUGUAACUGCAGCAGGAGCCGGCUGCCUCCUGACCCUGCGCUGCGGGCGAGGACCACGUCUCUGUACUGUACUCUUGUCCCACGCAGCUGCCUCAGGUUCCCUGGGGGAGGAGGGAGGGACAGUCCCUGUGUCACUCAUCCUCAGUCCUGCCCUGUGAAGAACAGACCCCUUGGGCGGGCCCUCUUGAGGAUGGGCAUCUCCUGCCCCUGUCUUGCCCUGUCCUGUCAGCUCCAGGCCCGUGUGUUCUCUGCUCUCCUGGAUGGGCAGGUGGGUGCCUGGGGUCCCCAGCCCAGGGCCCCUCAGAGUUCUAGUGUAAGCGUCUCUCCUCCCUUCUGCCCUCUCGUGCCCCCAUUUUAUUACCUCUAGUGACCUUCCUGGCAGCAGCCCCAUGACACUGAGAACACUACCCGGGGCACCCCACCCCCUUUCCAGGCCUGCGCUUCCGGAUCCCUCCGUGCACUGCCCGCAGGGGCCUUGCUUGGCCCUCAGCCUGCAUUGCCCUGCAGGACAGGCCUAGGCAGCCUGCGGGUCUCCGAGGAGACCGGACCCUGCCCCUGCCCUGCACAAACCUGGUCCCUUUCAGCCCCCGAGACCCUACUUCCUGCCUCCCUUUCGUUGUGCUGUCACAGGGGGCUCAGUGCGACCUCUGUCUCCAGGCCACCUCAGCUGGCUUUCUGUCCCAUCCCACUCCCCUCAGGCCCUGCCACUGCCCUUCCGACCGCUACCAGAGAUUCCCGCCCCCCCCCCCCCCCCCCCCUGCCUUGUGCCAGCGUCCUGUCCUGCCCCUGAGCAGAAGAAGGAGAGCCCUUGGUCUGGCACAGGGAGCCCCCCCCCAUGCUGUGAGGAAUGAGUGUGCGUGUGCAUGUGGCCCUCAGACGUGGCCUCGGACACAGGCAUGGGCCGCGUGUGUGUCUUGCACGUACCUGUGCCCCUUGGGGAGGGAUGGCGGUCUUGGUGAUUUCCGAGACUUGCUGGCUGGGGGGGUGGUGGUCAUGAGGGCAGGAGGAAGGGUCUUUAUCAUUCAGGGAUAAAGUUUAAUUUUAUUUUUCUACACAUUUUUGCCAGGUAAGGUGUUCUGCGGGUAAGCAGGACGCCCCCGGUUCUCCCUUCCAGGGAGGGUUCGUUUUUUUAAGCCUUGGGUGCUUUUUUAGUAAUUUUUUUUACCAUGCGGGGAAGGAGUUGCUCUGACUUCCCCUCUCUUCCCUUCCCCCCACUCCUGUCCUGAGAGCUGUUUCCUGCCCUGUCUCCCACCCCAGCACAUGGGGGGUGGGGGGCCAGGGGCCGCACUGGGACCCUGAGUCCAACUGCCAGAGAUGAUUCCAGCUUGGAGGCGGUGCUUCUUGGCCCCAUUUGUAUAGUGGGCAUGUGUGUCAAGUUUUUUAAUUUCAUUUUUUGCCUAACAAAGCCAAACUCCAUUCCCAAAUGCCCUUCCUCUGUGGCUCUGACGAAGCCCUGACACAGAGUGCCCGCCCCUUUCCUCUCGGCCUGGCCAGCUCGGCCCCUCCUGCCCCAGACCGGAGGUCCCAGCACCCUGCAGGGGCAGGGGUGAGGCAGAGUGGGGAGGGGGGCUUACGUAUGUUUUCUUUCAAACAAAAAACACCACCUUAUUUUUCUUUACAAAAGCAAAAAAGGAAACCAAAAAAGAUGCCAACCUUUGAACUAUAUACUUCAGUCCAUCUUGUCUUUAUUCUCUUCACUCCGGCGGCUCAGGCCUGGGUGGGGCAGGGGUCCUUACUGCAGUUGGAAGGGAUUUCACUCAUUUCUUCAAUACAGAGUUGAGAGUGGGGUCCUGGGGCUUACGGUGGCCGUGGCAAGUACAGCAUGCCCAUGACCCCAGAAGGCGAAGGAAUUUGAACCAGGAGACCCACUACCUGGGGCGAGCGGGGCAGACAGGACUUGCUGAGCACAGAAAAGGAGGGUAUCCCUGAGGACAGUGUGAACAAGGGCUCAGGCAGAAAGCCUGUCCCAACCAGCAGUCCCCAACCCCACCCCAGAGCUGCAGGAGCGGUAGACCUUGUUUUCUCCUUUUCCCCCUCCCACUGGCCCACUGACCCUCCUGGCAGCCAGGCUCGGCUCGGCGCUGGCCCCUCCAGGUGAGCAGCCCGACACUACCCAACCUGGUGAGAACCGGCUUCAGUGAGAGCAGGUGCAGGGUGGAUCCAGAGAAAGCACUUGAAGGUGCCCCACUGGACCCACGCUGAGUCUGGAGCCCAGGGGCGGGGCCCAAGGGGCAGCCCUUGUCAGUGUCCCCUGUACGAGCCCUGCUUGGGCUGCCUGGUGACUACGGGGACUGCAUUUCUGUGGGCUCAGUCGAACUCAGAAGUGGCAGGUGUGGGGGGGAUUAAAGCACAGCUGGCUGCCGAGGGGCAGCCCAGCACAUGUGCGCACCUGAGGGGAGGAUGGGUGUUGGGUGGAGGGCUCCCAAGGGGCAUUCGGCAGGGAGCUGGGCUGGGCCAGUCACCUGUGGCACAGAAGUUGGUCCUCUGGGAUGGCAGGGCAAGGCUGUUCCCAGGUGGACCCCCAGACCCCAGAGUUCACUGACCACGAGGGUCCUUGUGAUGCCCCAAGGCCAUGACCAGCCUGCAAGGUGAAUGCGCAGGAAAAGUUCUGAUCUUUUCAAAAUUUCAAGACCACGGCCAGCCUACCACCCCCUUACCAAUAAGCCAUGUGACACUGGGACCUCUCGUGCAGCCGGAGCCGAAGGACCUAGUUGAUCUGGCCCUUCUGGGAGAUGGUCAGAUGCAAAUGCAAAACACCCCCUCCAUUAGGAAGCAUCUGGGGGGGUCCAGAGUGGUUUCACACUGCAAAGUGUUCUUUAUGGUAGCAGCUCAGAGGACACUUUGCUACCUGGGUGGGGGGGGACCUGGGGACGGCUGGGGUACAGCCAGCUUGACUUCAGGGCCAACGUGGGAUUGUGCGUACUUGGCUUGGAGUUGUGUGUGUCCCCCAUUCACUAGUGGGAUUGCUGGGUCACAGUGAAAGAAGGGAGAGAUCCAGGAUUUCCACAGUACGUUCUUGUCUUCACCCCUCCGUCACCAGCCAGAUUUGCAUAAUAAUUGUUACAGUGCCCCUAGCGUGUGCAGGGCCCUGUCAGGUGCUGGGGCUCCAGCGCGAGCGCAAUGGUGAUGGCCCUGCUCCGCGGAGCCCUGCCUAGCGCAGGGAGGCAGGCCUAGGUCAGCGUACGGUCUGUGCACGCACAGCGGAAGGCUGUGAGGUCACAGGGUACAGUGUCUCCAGCGCGAAUAGUCAGGAGGCCAGAGAGGAAGCUCAAGGACCAGAUGGAGAUCACUGUACGGGGAGUCCGUGCGUAUGGAAAGGCCUGGGUGCCAGCUUUCAAGGAAUUGAGAGGAGAGUGUGGCAAGAGCCCAGGGAGGCAGGAGAGCAGGGGGUACGCCAUGAAGGGCGCAUUGGGAUUUUCCAUUUCUUCCUAAGAACAAGGGAAUGCCAGUGCUGCAUUCAAGCAAGGCGGUGACAGGACCAAAUGUGCGUUUUUAAAAGGUCAGUCAGCACAAUAUGGAGACAGUAUGGAAGAGUGCUGCAUUCAAGCAA